AUGGCAGAUGAUUGGGAGACUUAUUUCAGUAAUAUCUAUCUUUUUUUGACUGAAAGUCAACGCCAGUACGGUAUUUGUAAUGCAGAGUACGCUGAUUACACAUUGGAGCAGUUGGAAUACAUUGAAAGUCUCAUUGGGAACAAUAUUCCGAUGCAUUUAGUUCUCAGCAGCAGAGAAGCAUACCUUGCCCUAGAACUUUCACUGGAUUACCUGGACGUCCUCGUUUUGAAGUUACAAAAGAAGAGACGAAGGGUGGAGCUAGGUUUAAUUGUGGAACCCUCAACAGUCAUUAGUGAUGCUGACCUUAUUGGUUUUAUUCGUGAUAUGCAAGCCACUUCGCCACAUAUUGGACAGACACUGGUCAUGGGAAGGCUGAGGUCCAUGGGGUUUAAAGUGACAAGAGAGAGAGUCCGUAAUGCUCUUCGACACAGUAAUCCCUUUCGCAGUGCCUUAAGAUGGCCUGGAGUUUUAACACAUCGACGUCCUUACUCUGUCCCUGGGCCAAAUUCUUUAUGGCACAUAGAUGGUCAUCAUAAACUGAUUCGCUGGCGAUUUGUGACACAUGCAGGUAUUGAUGGGUACAGCAGAUUAAUAGUGUACAUCAAAUGUUCGACUAAUAAUAGUGCAAAUACAGUACUACAAGAGUUUACUAAAGCUGUUUGCAAAUACCACUUACCUUCUCGAGUAAGAUCAGAUCAGGGUACAGAGAACUUACUUGUUGCCCAGUACAUGCUCGAAAAUCGGGGUGCAAACAGAGGUAGCAUCAUAACAGGACCAUCAGUACAUAAUCAAAGAAUUGAGAGGCUCUGGAGAGAUGUCUUUAGCGGAGUGAUUAAAGUCUUUUACAGACUAUUUUAUUUCAUGGAAGAGCAGCUUUUAUUAGACCCGAAUAAUGAACAACACUUAUAUGCAUUGCACUACAUCUAUGUGCCACGGAUUAACAGAGCUCUUGAUGAAUUUAAGGAAUCUUGGAAUCACCAUCAAAUCCGGACAGCCCAUCAUAAAUCACCACAUCAACUCUUUGUUUCUGGACUGAUUCUAAUGCGACAUUCUGACAGGGUACCUAGUGACUUUUUUGAUGAGGUUGAUGAGCUGUAUGGUGUUGAUGAUGAGGGACCGGAGCCAAUAGGAAAUGAGGGAAAUAUCAACAUACCAAGGGUCAACUUUCAAUUAUCUCCUGAAAAUAUGGAGUCCCUGCACUUGCUUAUCGACCCUUGUCAAGUUUCUGACAACUACGGUAUUGAUCUGUAUGAACAAACUAUUGCCUUUAUACAACAAAAUGUUCAAUAAUUAUUAUCGUAAAACCAAGAUAUUGAAUUUAAA